GUUGUAAAGCUGUAAUUCAAUUUUGCUUUGUCCAUCGUUGGCGGCGAGUGGCGAGCCACCACCUAUAAAAUAAUAAGGCUUCUUACAUUCAAAGAAUCGAAGGAAUCCUUCCUUUUUGCUUCAAAAUUCAAAUAAUAACAAUGGGAAUUCCGUCGGAACUGAGAGACAUGUGGGUGUCCCGCAGAGAAUCCUUCCUUAUUGCUUCUCCCGCCGAAGAAAGGAAGAUUGUUAGGACUAAGAAAUGCACCCAUGAUGGUGUAAUUGCUGGAUUCAAAGCAGCUUCCAUUGCAUGUGUUGCCAGUGCCGUGCCUACACUGGCUGCAGUUCGCAUGGUUCCAUGGGCAAAGGCAAACCUCAAUUAUGUUGCGCAGGCACUUAUCAUAUCUGCUGCCUCCAUUGCUGCAUACUUCAUCACCGCCGAUAAAACUAUCUUGGAAUGCGCGAGAAGAAAUGCUCAGCUUGAAGAUUCGUUAAGAAACACCAGACAAUGACAAUGCUACUUGCGAUAAAGGAUGAGCGCCCUACUGCAAAGUUUCGAAUCUACCGCUCUGCUUCUAAUGUGUUGGAAGUUAUAUUUCUCAAAUAAAGUUUAAUGUAUUGUGCAAUAGACUGAAUAGAGUAGUAUAGCGGAAUUGCAUCUCCCUUUGUUUGGCUUCAGAAGCAUACAAUUUUUAAGAACGUAGAGUUGGUGACUCAUUUUGGUGGUAGCUUUGGUUUCUAGUCGGAAAAAUGUUGUAUUGUGUUUUAAUAAAGAAAAAUUCUUAUUUCCUCUGUUGUAUAAAUCAAUUUCUUACUUAUAUAUGAAAUAAUGCCUCUUCAUUAUUCCCACAA